AUGGUUGGAUCCAGAACAACCCCCACGGGCGAGACCGAAAGGCUCAGAUACAACGCAGAGCGGCUUGUGUGCUCCGCCAUUGUUCAGCAGUACCACGUGAUGAUACAGGAGGGCCUGGGGGUCUCAUAUUUGACGAAUGGCUUUUGCGACAUUCAGCUCUGGAUCCCUCACGAUGAUCCCAGCACUUUACACUACUAUCUGUACGACCCAAACCGGGAAGUAGACGCAGAAGAUUGCACUUUGCUGGAACCGAAGACAGCCAUUGCCAGAAGGCUAUGCCUCUAUCUAUUGAGCUGUGGCCAUUCCAUACGCAGUCAACAGUGGCGAGCCGCCGCACGAGACCAGCUCCGUAUUUGGCAGACGAGCUUUGACCACGUGCGUUCUCAGAUCCCUAAAGCUGAGCUGGGUAACCCUUUUCUUCACUCUGACAGUUCCGAUCCCGACCAUGAGAGCCCAGAUUGCAGUUCAGAAUAUCAGCCAUCCUCGUCUCCACCAAUAGAAUCGCCGACUGCGGAAGGUCGACGGGUGCCAACGACAUCCAAGGCUUGUCGUGCGUCACAGGAAGCUCAGCAGCGUGCAGAAUCGCCGGAUUCAUCAGGAUCAGACACGGGUCCGGCAGUGGCACAGCGCAAGCGUGGCAUUAGUCAAGUCUCUCCCCUUGCACAACCACCAUCACGUACACGAAGUUUUCAGGGUGAUAGAGGAAAUUCUCCAAGACAACACGACGCCAAGUUUUGUACGCUGCAUUGUUUGCUUGGUCUGCAACGUCGAGGGGUUCUUGAUGAUAAAUGUCCAAAUGUAAGACUUCAUCAACAAGACGAAAAGAACAAAAAACACCCCAUCACCGCGGAGCAGUUGGUGUGCUCACUGAAGGAGCAACUGAACCAGAAUCUCGAUCAAAAUUGCACGCCGUUUGGGCGUAGCGGGCGAUCUGGCGCACCGUUCAAGCUAACAUGUGCUACUUUCGGCUAUACUGUAGUCGGGAAAGGAACGACGACAGAUUGGUGGCCAGAAGUUGCCGGUGAGGUAGAUGCCUACCGGUUAUUACAAAAAGCCCAAGCAUCUGCGGUCCCCGUCUUCCUUGGGACAAUGGAUCUAUCAACGGCGUACUUUCUUCACGGGGCGGGAGAGAUCCGUCAUAUGUUAGUCAUGGGUUGGGGAGGCGAGAGCCCGGAAGAGAUUGGUGCGGGAUCGGAGCUUUCGAGAGAACUAGACCGGUCAGUAAGGGAAAUUCGCCGGCUAGGCGUCAUUCAUGGGGACCUUCGACGCGAAAAUAUCCUGUGGAACACUGAGGUCCGUCGGAUCUUGAUUAUUGACUUCCACGAGUCCAAAUUAGUUCCCCGGCGCACAAUACAACAAAUACGACGGGCGAAGAGACCAUUUGGCGGAUCGGCAGACGGCAUCGAGACACGAAAACCAAAGCGGCUGCGAGUUUUGUGA